AUGCAGCUGCCCGAAGACUUUUCGAAGGUGCUCGAGAAGCUCCACUGCACAGAGACGCAUAUUGCCGACCCGAAAACAACAUGGCCGCGUCCGGAGGCCCCAAAGCUCGAUACAAAAAGAACCAAGCUCAUGUUUCAGCAGAUGGAGAUUGACGAGGAGUUUGUACCCAGCCAGAAUGCUGUUGUUGCGCGCUUGUUUGGAGUCACCGACGAAGGCCACUCUGUGGUCUGCUUUGUGCAGGGGUUCUAUCCGUACUUCUACUGUCCAGCGCCCAAUGGCUUCAAGGAGGAGAACAUACCUGAGGUGAUUGCCGAGCUCAACCGCUUGGCGCAGCAGAAUGGCCCGGGUGGCGGCGGCAAUUCAAAUGGCCUGGGCGCCAUUGUGAACAUUGAGAUGUGUAUGAAGGAGCCGCUUUUUGGGUUUCACGAUAACGUCAAGGCGCCCUUUUUCAAAAUAAUUGUGCGCAACCCCAAGCUGGUCAGGCCGAUGAGCCAGGUUGUCAAGCGUGGAUUCAACGUGCAUGGCGUUGGGCAGUACGCUGGCAUGCCGUACGAGAGCAAUCUCGAAUAUACCAUCCGCUUCAUGGUCGACACCGACAUUGUGGGCGCCAGCUGGGUUGAACUGCCUGCUGGCAAAUACUCUGUUCGCUCACACAACACGACAUUUUGCCAGUACGAAGUUGACAUCCACUAUAAGGACCUUAUAUCUCAUGAGCCUGUCGGCGAAUGGUCAAAGACAGCGCCGCUGCGCAUCCUCAGCGUGGAUAUCGAGUGCGCCGGGCGGGCGGGGAUCUUCCCCGAAGCCAAGCUCGACCCGGUCAUCCAGAUCGCCAGCGUGGUCACUCUCCAGGGCCAGAAGCAUCCAUUCAUCCGUAAUGUGCUCACACUAGAUACAUGCGCGCCGAUCCCGGGCGUCCACAUCAUGAGCUUCCAGAACGAGGCCGAUAUGCUUGUGCAAUGGGCACAGUUCGUGCAGACCUGCGAUCCAGACAUUGUGAUUGGCUAUAACACGACCGACUUUGAUCUGCCGUACCUCCUUGACCGUGCAGAGGCGCUCAAGGCUAACAGUUUCCCGUUCCUCGGGCGGAUGCGGGACGUGUCGACCAAAGUCGGCUCAUCACACUUUUCGAGCAAGGCGUUUGGGUCGCGCGACUCAAAGUCUAUCAACUUGGAGGGCCGCGUCCAGUUUGAUGUGCUAGCGGCCAUGCGUCGCGAGUACAAGCUGCGUUCAUUUUCGCUGAACGCGGUGUCGGCCAAGUUCCUGGGAGAGCAGAAGGAGGACGUGCCGUACUCGAUCAUUACUGACCUUCAGAACGAGAGCCCCGAGACGCGCAGGCGGCUGGCUGUCUACUGUUUGAAGGAUGCGUUUUUGCCGCAGCGCCUGGUGGACAAGCUCAUGUUCCUGGUCAACUCGAUGGAGAUGGCGCGUGUGACGGGCGUUCCCUUUAACUAUCUGAUUACGCGCGGCCAGCAGAUCAAGGUUGUCAGUCAGCUGUUCCGCCACUCGUCGCGCCAAGAUCUGGUAGUUCCAGUCAUCGAGUCCCAGGGCAGCAGCGACCAGUACGAGGGAGCGACUGUCAUUGAGCCCAAGCGCGGCUAUUAUGACACCCCCAUUGCUACUCUCGAUUUUGCCUCGCUGUAUCCGUCGAUCAUGAUGGCCCACAAUCUCUGCUACACGACUCUGCUCAACCGCCAGACGAUCGAGCGGCUGGGGCUCGUUAAAGAUGUCGACUAUGUCAUGACGCCCACGAACGACUGCUUUGUCAAGUCCACCAAGCGUGUCGGCCUGUUGCCUCAUAUUCUCAAAGAAUUGUUGUCGGCGCGCAAGCAGGCCAAAAACGAGAUGAAGAACGAGACCGACCCAUUCAAGAUCCAGGUGCUCAAUGGUCGCCAGCUGGCCCUCAAGAUCAGCGCUAACUCGGUGUAUGGCUUUACUGGCGCCCUCAACGGACGCCUGCCUUGUUUGCAGAUCUCGGCCUCGGUGACUGCAUUUGGACGCGACAUGAUUCACGAGACAGUCAGUGAGGUCCAGAAGGAGUACACUGUCGCGAACGGCUACGAACAUGACGCUGACGUCAUUUACGGUGAUACCGAUUCAGUCAUGGUCAAAUUCGGCGCCAGCACGCUUGAGGAGACCAUGCGGCUCGGCCGAGAGGCAGCGGCCUAUGUCACAUCAAAGUUUGUCAACCCGAUCAAGCUCGAGUUUGAAAAGGUGUACUUUCCCUACCUACUGAUCAACAAGAAGCGGUAUGCCGGACUGUACUGGACUAAGCCCGAAAAGUACGACAAGCUCGACACAAAGGGCCUGGAGACCGUGCGCCGCGACAACUGCCAGCUGGUCCCGCUGGUUCUCGACACAUGCCUGAAGAUGAUGUUGAUCGACCACAACGUUGACGGUGCUGUCGAGUAUGCGAAGAGCGUCAUCGCGGACCUUUUGCAAAACAAGAUUGAUCUCUCGAUGCUGGUCAUUACCAAGCAGCUGUCCAAGACCGACUACGCUGGCAAGCAGGCGCAUGUGGAGCUCGCAGAGCGCAUGCGCAAGCGCGACGCCGGAUCCGCACCGCAGCUCGGCGACCGAGUGCCCUACGUCAUCAUCAAGGGCACAAAGAACGCCAAGGCCUACGAGAAGGCUGAGGAUCCGAUCUACGUUCUGGACAACAAUCUCCCCAUCGAUACUAACCACUACGUCGAGCACCAGCUGACCAACCCACUAACGCGCAUCUUCGAGCCUGUUCUCGGGAGCAAGGUCACUACGCUGUUCAAGGGCCAGCACACCCGGACGAUCCAUGUGGCUGCGCCCACCUCGGGAGCAAUGGCGCGGUUUAUGCUUAAAACCACUACAUGCCUGUCGUGCAAGACACCGCUGAAGGGAGAGUACCAGCACAGGGCCGUGUGCAAGCACUGCGAGUCCAAGCUUCCCGAGAUUUACAUGCGCAACAUGGAUGUUAUGCGGGAGCUCGAGGUUCGCUAUGCGCGGUUAUGGACGGAGUGCCAGCGGUGCCAGGGCUCGAUCAACCGCGAGGUUGUGUGCACUAACCGCGAUUGCCCGAUCAUUUACAUGCGCAAGAAGAGCCAGAAGGAUGCCGAAGAGCACGCAAAGGUGAUGGAGCGCUUUGACUACACGUGGUGA